CCGCGGCUCAGCUCGCCGACACCAGCUCCUUCUCCCGGCGGGGCUGCUAUCGCCUCUGAUCCUCUUCUAUCGCGAUGGACAACCUUGGGGAGUCGCCCACGGACAAAGGCGGGGAUCCAGGGGAGUCGGAGGAGACGAGGGCUACGCCUGGGGCCCCAGUGGCUGCCGACACGGAGAGAAUCCCGGAGGAAACCGACAGGGAUGGAGAUGCGGGCUUGAAAGAAGCCGCGGCAGAGGAAGGCGAGCUCAAGAGUCAGGAAGUCUCAGAUUUAACAGCAGUCGAGCGGGAAGACUCAUCAUUACUUACUCCUGCAGCCAAAAAGCUGAAACUAGAUACCAAGGACAAGAAGGAGAAGAAGCAGAAGGUGGACGAAGAUGAGAUUCAGAAGAUGCAAAUCUUGGUCUCUUCUUUUUCUGAGGAGCAGCUGAACCGUUAUGAAAUGUAUCGCAGAUCGGCUUUCCCUAAGGCAGCCAUUAAGAGGCUGAUCCAGUCCAUCACUGGCACCUCUGUGUCUCAGAACGUUGUCAUUGCCAUGUCUGGCAUUUCUAAAGUUUUUGUCGGGGAGGUGGUAGAAGAAGCCCUGGACGUGUGUGAGAAAUGGGGAGAAAUGCCACCCCUGCAGCCCAAGCACAUGAGGGAGGCCGUCCGGAGGUUGAAGUCCAAGGGGCAAAUCCCCAACUCAAAGCACAAGAAAAUCACCUUCUUCUAAAUCUAACGGAGACUGUUCAGACUUUUCAUAGUUGGCUUCUGUACUGCGGCUUUGUUGGUGGUACUCCCAGGACACAUGAUGCUGAUUUUAAUGUUUCUGUCACACCUACAAGGCAUGCAGUGUGACUCAGACUUGCCUUCAACUCAGUCCUGGACUGUCCUCGGACAUGUUGAAGAAUUUCACUGAGUCUUGGCUAGUUUGAAGAUAAAUCUACAGGGGCCUUUAGUAUCUUCUGGAGAGGGAGAUGGUUUCAGAGAAAAACAAGACGACUCUCGUGGCUUCACACUGAAGCCCAAGUUGCUAAGAUUCAGGUUUCUUGCUCUGGUUUUCAAAACGUAAACCUGCAAUCAUCUGCCGUGAAGACAGCUACACCGUGACAUGCUUCUCACCAUUAACAUUUCAGGUUCUCCUGUGUAUUUUGUGAGAGAUCAUUAGACUUUUCCAGCCUGUAUGGGAAAGUUUAUUUUAUUUUGUUGCAGACAAAACUCAUUGUUCUUCCUAUGCUGAAAUAAAACUUGGCUUUUUUUUCUUGUUUUUCAA